AUGCGUUCAUCGACCCUUAUUGCCGCGUUCCUUUCGCUUAUAGGCAGUGUAACUGCAGAUGAACACCACAACUGUGGUUGUACAAUCAAUGGAAAAUAUGAUACGACCCUUAGCGGCAAUGCCUGUCAGCUUUGGGCAAACAGUGGCAAACCUCACACUAAUUUUGAUACUAACAUUAUAAAGUGCGUAGACCCUAAGUUUGGCAGAGGAAUCGACGGAGAUGAAUGGGAGGAAAAUUGCGAGACUACAUAUGAUGUUACUAUUAACGGUAUAGACGAGGUUCGUGGAGAUUGCUGGCACUAA